AUGCGUCUCUUCACUCACAACAUUCUCACUUCGCGUGUUCUUAAAGUGGUUAAGGUUGGAUAUCCGCUUACCAUUAGAGCUUCAAAAGUCGAAGUUACGCCAAUGGAUUUUGACUCUUCGCAGACUGCUCGUUUCAUCCCCAAAGUCGAAUGGGGUGUGCUUAAGUCUGCAGUUGAACAGCUCGGAUCAGACCAUGUUGGUCAGCUUCCAGAUACUGUUCCAGAAGGCUACGAAAACAAUGAAGAAUUUCUAAAAUUGGCUCAUAAAGCUCUUAUGGAAGUUGAUGUGAUCGAAGGCUCCCUCGUUUGUCCAGAAACUGGUCGCGAAUUUCCCAUUCAUAAUGGGAUACCAAAUAUGCUUGUUAAUGAAGGCGAGUAG